AUGUCCGAUGUUCCAUUGUUCAAAGUGCCGAAUACGCGAAGGCAGCAUAAUCGACUGCUUCCUUCAUUAGCUAUUCCACCCACACAGAAUAAUACCAAACCCAAUCUCAAGUUGAAUGCAGAUUCAUCGCAAGAUAUUGGAGAAGGACGAUUUGGUCAAUUGAGCAUUAGAGACUCACAGAGUGAUUUCCAAACACAACUACCAACUCAGCUCAAAAAGCCUCCCCCAGUAAUGACAACUAUAAACUCUCUAUCACCAUCAUCAAAUUCGUCAUCCACUCCGAAUACGGCAACGUCAUCCUUGUCAUCGAGCUCCCCUAGGUUGAAGCGAAAACCACCACCAAUCUCGACCGAUACAACAUCUCAACAAGAAGAUAAUGACAAAGUACGACUGCGGAAUACCCUGAAUGAGGAGAAGGAGGUCCUGCAAGAAUGUGAUCAGUGGAAGCUGAAGCUGGAUAGUUUUUUGCAAAACAAACACUAUCUUGAGCAACUAACUUCUUACGACUGGCAUUUUUGUGCUAAUAACAACCUCAUUGAAGAAAUGGGAAAGUUGGGAGAGGGAAAUGGAGGAUCGGUCACCAAAUGCCGUGUUGUAAAGUUACAGAAAUCACAAGUUUUUGCUUUGAAAAUGAUAAUUGCAGACUCCAACCCCGAUGUGCAAAAACAGAUAUUUCGAGAGUUGGAUGUUGCAAAAAAAUGUCAGCACCCCAAUAUCGUCAACUACUAUGGAACUUUUCUUUUGGAAAAGCAGUCAAUGAUCGGAAUAGCGAUGGAGUAUAUGGAUGGACAUUCUCUAGAUGCAAUAUAUAAGGAAGUUGCUAAACGAGACAAAACCAAUAGGAUAAGCGAAAAGGUGUUGGGUAAGAUUGCAAACUCGAUUUUGUCGGGAUUGGAUUAUUUGCAUCUGAAGAACAUCAUCCACAGAGAUAUCAAGCCAUCGAAUGUUUUAUUAGACUCAAAAGGAAACGUCAAGCUAUGUGAUUUUGGUGUUAGUGGUGAGGCAGUUAAUUCUUUUGCAUCCACAUUUGUUGGCACACAGUACUAUAUGGCGCCAGAGCGUAUCAUGGGUAAAAAUUACUCGAUAUCAAGUGACAUAUGGUCACUAGGCAUGUCGAUGCUUGAGGUUGCCAGUGGGAAAUUUCCUAUCGACGUUUCGUUAGGACCAAUCGAGGUAGUUGAAAUGGUUCUGAGAAGUGAGUUGUCAUUGAAGGAUAGUGUUUCUGACUGUAUUUUUUGGUCUCCUGAAUUCAAACGGUUUAUAGCUAGGUGUUUGAUUAAGGAUCCUCAAAAGAGGCCCAUACCGAGACAACUUUUGGCCCACGACGAGUGGUGUUUGGCGCAAUUGCGAGAGAAGGUGAGAAUGGAUAGAUUUGUUGCUGUUGUUUGGAAAUUGAAUGAGUGA